GGCCCGGCAGCAUGGCGGCGGCGGCGGGCGCCCCUCCGCCGGGUCCGCCGCAGCCGCCUCCGCCGCCGCCGCCCGAGGAGUCGUCCGACAGCGAGCCCGAGGCGGAGCCCGGCUCCCCGCAGAAGCUCAUCCGCAAGGUGUCCACGUCCGGCCAGAUCCGCCAGAAGACCAUCAUCAAAGAGGGGGUGUUGACCAAACAGAACAAUUCAUUCCAGCGGUCAAAAAGGAGAUACUUUAAGCUUCGAGGGCGAACACUGUACUACGCAAAAACUGCCAAGUCGAUCAUAUUUGAUGAGGUGGACCUGACAGAUGCCAGCGUGGCUGAGUCCAGCACCAAAAACGUCAACAACAGCUUCACGGUCAUCACUCCAUGUAGGAAACUCAUCCUGUGUGCUGACAACAGAAAAGAGAUGGAAGAUUGGAUUGCAGCCCUGAAGACUGUCCAGAACAGGGAGCACUUUGAGCCUACCCAGUACAGCAUGGACCAUUUCUCAGGGAUGCACAACUGGUACGCCUGUUCCCAUGCGAGGCCGACCUACUGCAACGUGUGUCGCGAGGCUCUGUCUGGGGUCACGUCCCACGGGCUGUCCUGUGAAGUGUGUAAAUUUAAGGCCCACAAACGCUGUGCUGUGCGAGCCACCAGCAACUGCAAGUGGACCACGCUGGCCUCCAUCGGGAAGGACAUCAUUGAGGACGAGGACGGGAUUGCCAUGCCUCACCAGUGGCUGGAGGGGAACCUGCCCGUGAGCGCCAAGUGCACGGUGUGUGACAAGACCUGCGGCAGCGUCCUGCGCCUGCAGGACUGGCGCUGCCUCUGGUGCAAGGCCAUGGUGCACACGGCGUGUAAAGACUCCCUGGUGACCAAGUGCCCGCUGGGCCUGUGCAAAGUGUCGGUCAUCCCGCCCACCGCUCUCAACAGCAUCGAUUCCGACGGCUUCUGGAAGGCCACAUGUCCUCCGUCCUGCACGAGUCCACUGCUGGUCUUCGUCAAUUCCAAAAGCGGGGACAACCAGGGUGUGAAGUUCCUCAGAAGAUUCAAGCAGCUGCUGAACCCGGCCCAGGUCUUUGACCUCAUGAACGGAGGCCCCCACCUCGGCUUACGCUUAUUCCAGAAGUUUGACACCUUCCGGAUUCUGGUGUGCGGUGGGGAUGGAAGUGUCGGUUGGGUCCUCUCUGAAAUCGACAGCCUCAACCUUCACAAGCAGUGUCAGCUGGGAGUGCUGCCCCUCGGCACGGGGAACGACCUGGCUCGCGUGUUAGGCUGGGGCUCGGCCUGUGACGACGACACGCAGCUCCCGCAGAUCUUGGAGAAGCUGGAAAGAGCCAGCACCAAGAUGUUGGACAGGUGGAGCAUCAUGGCCUACGAGACCAAGCUGCCCCGGCCGGCCUCCUCUUCCACCGUCACCGAAGACCUGAGCGAGGGCUCCGAGGUGCAGCAGAUUCUCUUCUAUGAAGACUCGGUCGCGGCGCAUCUCUCCAAGAUCCUGACCUCCGACCAGCACUCAGUGGUCAUUUCCUCGGCCAAAGUGCUCUGCGAGACUGUGAAGGACUUCGUGGCUCGGGUGGGGAAGGCCUACGAGAAGACCACGGAGAGCUCGGAGGAGUCGGAGGUCAUGGCUAGGAAGUGCUCCGUCCUGAAAGAGAAGCUGGAUUCCCUCCUCAAGACCUUGGACGACGAAUCCCAGGCCUCGUCCUGCCUGCCCACGCCGCCCCCCACCAUUGCAGAGGAGGCGGAAGACGGGGAGGGGGCGGGCAGCGGCUGCGGCCCCAGCUCCACCUCCACUGGGGACCGAACUGUGGGGUCGGCGUGCCCCACCCGCCCGCAGAUAUUCCGGCCCCGGGAGCAGCUCAUGCUGAGAGCCAACAGCCUGAAGAAGGCUAUUCGUCAGAUCAUAGAGCACACAGAGAAAGCUGUCGAUGAGCAGAACGCCCAGACCCAGGAGCAGGAGGGGUUCGUCCUAGGUCUGUCGGAGUCAGAGGAGAAGAAGGACCUGAAGCCAGACGACAGAACGAGCCUUGGCGAGGGCGCCGCCAAGGGCAGGAGCCUCCGCAGAGUGUCCAAGUCCCCAUGCGAAAAACUGAUAAGCAAAGGAAGCUUGUCCCUGGGCGGUUCUGCCUCUCUUCCUCCACAGUCAGGAAACCGGGACGGCCUGCCAGCCCUGAACACGAAGAUCCUGUUCCCGAGUGUUCGGGCCGGGCUGUCGGCUUCCUUGCCUGGAGGCUCAGUCAUCAGUCGCUUGUUAAUUAAUGCGGACCCCUUUAACUCAGAACCCGAAAACCUAGAGUGUUACACGGAGAAGUGCGUCAUGAACAAUUACUUCGGCAUCGGCCUGGAUGCGAAGAUCUCCCUGGACUUCAACCACAAGCGUGACGAGCACCCAGAGAAGUGCAGGAGUCGGACCAAGAACAUGAUGUGGUACGGCGUCCUCGGCACCCGGGAGCUGCUGCACAGGACCUACAAGAACCUGGAGCAGAAGGUCUUGCUGGAGUGUGACGGGCGACCCAUCCCACUCCCCAGUCUCCAGGGAAUUGCUGUCCUCAACAUUCCCAGCUAUGCCGGAGGGACCAACUUCUGGGGGGGCACCAAGGAAGACGAUACCUUCGCAGCCCCGUCAUUCGAUGAUAAGAUCCUGGAGGUGGUGGCAGUGUUUGGCAGUAUGCAGAUGGCCGUCUCUCGUGUCAUUAAGCUGCAGCAUCACCGAAUUGCCCAGUGUCGCACGGUGAAGAUUUCCAUCCUGGGGGAUGAGGGCGUACCUGUGCAGGUGGACGGAGAGGCCUGGAUCCAGCCCCCGGGCUACAUUCGGAUUAUCCACAAGAACCGGGCACAGACACUCACCAGGGACCGGGCCUUCGAGAGCACCCUGAAGUCCUGGGAGGACAAGCAGAAGUGUGAGCUGCCCCGGCCUCCGUCUUUCUCUCUGCACCCGGAGACCCUGUCGGAGGAGGAGGCCACCCAGAUGGACCAGUUCGGGAGGGCGGCAGGCGCCCUCAUCCACAGUAUCCGCGAGAUAGCGCAGUCCCACCGGGACGUGGAGCAGGAGCUCGCCCACGCCGUCAACGCCAGCUCCAAGUCCAUGGACCGAGUGUACGGCAAGCCCAGAGCCGCAGAGGUGCCUGCGCUUUUCCCGUCUUGCUCACCCUCGCCCAUGCAGCCCUCGGGCCGUCUGCAUGGUGUCUGUUCUGGUUCCUCUCAGGGGCUGAGCUGCAGCUCCGUCCUGGACAUGGUGAAUAACGUCAGGGCUCUGCGCAGUGAGACGGAGCUGCUGCUGGCGGGGAAGCUGGCGCUGCAGUUGGAUCCCCCUCAGAAGGAGCGACUCACGGCCGCCCUCGCCGAGAUGGACCAGCAGCUCCGGAAGUUGGCAGAUACCCCCUGGCUCUGCCAGCCCGUGGAGCCUGGGGAUGAAGAGAGACCCGAGCUCGCACAGGUCCUCGAACUGGGACAGCAGAACGUGAUGCUGGAUCUGUCCAAGCGCAGCCGCAGCGGUAAAUUCCGCCUGGUGACCAAGUUUAAGAAGGAGAAGAACAACAAGAACAGAGAGGCUCGCAGCAGCCUGGGAGCCCCGGUUCACCUCUGGGGCACAGAGGAGGUUGCUGCCUGGCUGGAGCACCUCAGUCUCUGUGAGUAUAAGGACAUCUUCACGCGGCACGACAUCCGGGGCUCCGAGCUCCUGCAUCUGGAGCGGAGGGACCUCAAGGACCUCGGCGUGACCAAGGUGGGCCACAUGAAGAGGAUCCUGUGUGGCAUCAAGGAGCUGAGCCGCAGCACCCCUGCCGCCGAGGCCUAGCCUCCGCGCUCUCGGCCUGCGUCCCCCGCGCCUCCCGCGCCCCCCGCGACUGAGCCGGCGCGGCCCGGCCCUUCUCAUGGUGCUACUGCCCUGCCCGCGGCAGGAGGCCUCGGUCCCCUGCGGCCACCCCGGGGCCGGCCGCCACCGCCGCCAACCUACGAGCCGCCGCCUCUGCUGGCCGCCUGCCUGCUCCGCGGAGGCCCCCGGGGAGCGCGGCCGCCUCACCUCGCCGCGCAGAGAACAGCGCUCGCCGCUGCCGCCGCCGCCGCGACCUUGGGCCCCGGAGGCCCCCCCCUCCCCCGUCCCCGCUUCUCGCCGCCGCCUCAGAGCUGCGCGCCGGUGGAGCCCUCUGUGCCCGGGGCGGGGAGCCUGGCCUGUCGCCCCGUGGCCGGAGGGCUCUUGGCACCGGGCUGUGUUGCUGCGUGGCCGCGGCUUCCCGGGCGUCGCGGGGACGGACGGGCAGCCGCUGUCUGCCUCCGGGAGUGGCUUCGUCUCGUGUCCCGGGGAAAGCCGAGCCGGGCAGGGGCUCUGGAUGACACCUCUGGUCCUCGCCGCCUUAGACUUUGUCCUUCCGUCCCCUGUCCCCUUCCACAGAUGGCAUGCCUAACAGGGACUGCCACCCAGCCCGGAAAGGGCUUCUGUAACCCAGCCCCUGGGUGUGGGGGGCUUGGCCGCGGACCCGAAGGGGAGGGUGCGCAUCAGUGAGUGUCCUCAGGCCGCGCCAUCCAUGCAAGGGGACGGGGUGGCCCCUCACGCCCUCACAGCUGAGUGGCGUUUACCCGCCACUCGCUUUGCUCCCCGACAGCGACAGCGGGCCGGCCAGGCCCCUGCCAUGUGGGGGGCUUCCCGACCCCGCCUUGUGCGUGCGGAGCCUGCCUGGCUGUCCCGGGCCGGUGUGUCCCGUGCAGUGGCCGUGCUGGGGACGGGGGGGAGGGCCCCUGGGAGGUGAGACCAGGCUGUUGUGUGUCACUGUCCCGCCCGCCAGAGCAGCCGUGGUGGCUGGAGGGAGACGCCGGUCUGCAGAGGUCACCUGAUGUCACAGUGACCUCGCUGAAAUCCCGGUACCAGAAUGGGGUCUGCUCUGUGGCUUCAGGUGGGGGCACCCAGGGGUCUGAGGUUCCCCAGGUGCGACCGGACCUUGGGGACUCCGCCGAGAGGAUGCGCGAAGGGGGCGACGGCGGCGGCCACCAGGGCUGCCCCAGCCCUCGGCGCCCUGCUGGGGGAAGGCCUGAGGUUGAGGUGGAGCUGGUGUGGAAGAUAACCUCGUCGGUGACUAGAGCAACACUGUUUCCGUGAAACCGUUUCUGAGUCUAGUGCGUUGGAGUGAGAGGAAUGAGCACGAGCGUUGCAUGAAGCCGCGUCGUUCAGGGCGGCGCCCCCUGCGCCUUGUGGUGUCUCCGUUGCUGCACGUGGGGCUGUCCCCCCCCCCCCCCCAACCCCAACCGCCCUGUGGCUGGACGGCUGUCGCUCCAGGCCCACGGUCCUGUCAGUGUAGACCGCGGCAGGAAGGAUCCCUGGAGGCUUGGCGAAAAGCUUUGUGCCCUCGGGUGGGGCUCCCCCUCGUAUUUAUGGUCUUAACUUAUACAGAGCCCCCCGGGCCGCACCGCCUCCUGUAUCGCUAUGUACAUAUCCACAUCUGGGGUUGUAAAUACCUUGUUCUGUGUAUAAAUAAAACAAGCCUGUUUUUGA